AUGUGGAAUGUUUCAGUCAUAACAGUUUUCACACUUACAAGGUUAAAUUUCACAUUUGAAGAGAAAAUUGCCCUCUUCUCGUUCUCUUUGUUGUGGUAUUUAUUGAUUCUGUUGUUAAAUGGCAGUAUUAUUAUUGCCAUCAUUAUGGAUAAAAACCUCCAUGAGCCCAUGUAUAUCAUCUUGUGUAAUUUUUGCAUUAAUACGCUGUAUGGCACUGUUGGAUUUUAUCCUAAAUUCCUUUUGGACCUUCUGUCUUCUCAUGUCAUUUUGUGUGCUGGAUGUAUGUUACAGGGUUUUGUAAUACAUUCAGCAAAAGCUUGUGACUUUUCCAUCCUCACUCUGAUGGCGUACGACAGAUAUGUGGCUAUAUGUCGACCUCUGCAGUACCAUUCCUUCAUGACAAAACAGAGAGUGUUUCUCUUAGUGUUUUUCUUCUGGUUGGUAGUUUUGUGUGGUUCUCACAUAAAUAGAAUAUACUGUGUUAACUGGAUGAUUGCUUCUCUUGCUUGUUCACCCCCCAAAGUACAUAUUGCUGUGGAAUAUUUUAUUAUCAUGUUUUAUGUCUGCCAUAUCUGGCUUAUUUUCAUAUCUUAUGUUUACCUGAUAAGAACAUGUUUAUCAUCUAAAAACAGCUGGAGGAGGUUUAUGCAGACAUGUUUGCCACAUUUUAUCUGUCUCUUCAUUUUUUUGUUUUCUCUGCUUUUAGAUUUAUUUUACAUGAGGUUUGGUUCAAAGGAUUUGUCUCAAGAUCUCUCUAACUUAAUGGCAAUGGAAUUUCUUUUUAUUCCUCCAGUAGUUUACCCACUUAUAUAUGGACUCAAACUCACCAAAAUACGCAAGAAACUUGAUGCUAAUAAGGCGCUAGAAGCUAAUCCCCCAGCCACCCAGACAGAAGUGGAGGCACUGAGAAUGAAAGUGGAUGACCUGGAGAAUAGAUGCCGGCGGAAUAAACUUCGUUUUGUUGGUUUUCCGGAGGACGCUGAGGGCUCAGAUAUUCUGGCGUAUAUGUGCUCAACCAUCCCAGAGCUCCUGCAGUCCGAUUUCCCUGGAGGCCUGCAGAUUGGCCGUGCGCACCGGAGCCUGGGUAAGCGCAGACCGGAGGGCCAGCCAACUAGGGCUAUCAUUGUCCGGCUUCUACGAUUUCAGGACCGGGAGCGGAUUGUGGAGAUGAUGGCCGGAGGUAAACGUGAGUUCACUGACCCCAAGAAGGCACUGAAUUACAUUUGA